AUGCAUGCACCAGCUGUUGAUAUUUCUUGUCCUUUGGUCACUUUAAAAGAACCUAUUAAACAUGUCUUCGUCAUUGUUCUAGAAUCAAUUCGUGCUGAUGCUUUACCAUUAAAACAACAAUCUGGCCAAUGCUUUACAUCAGUCACAUCAUCGUAUACAUCAAAAAGUCUUGUCAGCAUAUUUUACGGUAUCUAUCCUCUCAAUGUUAAUUUUCUCAAAGAAGCAAAUUCAGAGAAUAUCUUAUAUGAAAAAUGUUUAUCUGAAUUACUUCGUGAAACUUUUCAAACGACGAAUAAUCAAUCAGCCUUUCGUUUAGAUUCUUUUACAACAGCUCGUGAUAAUUACGAUCAUCAGGAUAAUCUACUUAACAGGCUUAAAUUUGAUACUACAAUUAAUGUUUUCGAUAUUUAUAAACAGAUAGGAAAUGUUCUCGAUCUUGGUAUGUUUGGUCCUGCUGAUCCACAUAUCUUACCUCUAAUAUGGAAAUGGAUUGAUAAUAAUUAUUAUCGGUACCAAUUGAAUUAG